AGCUCCUGCCGAACUCGUUUGGCCCGAGUGAUUUCACUCAUUGAGCAUUGCAUCAUGUCACUAUGUUUGAUUUGCUUAAUUACCCAUUGGUUGCUAUUGUGGAGUAAAGCAGGGUGACUGGCAUGUGUAAGCGGGUGGGUGAUUCAUUCUUUCUUUCCAAGUCCUGUUUGUUGUUGUUGCUGUUGCCUGUCGGCGCUACUGUGCUCGGUGCAUUCGUUGGAAGUCACCGCGGGAAAGGGUGUUUGUGGUUGGUGGUUGAACUACCCAGGGUAGUUGGUCCCUGGGAGAGACAGAUGAUGAUUAUGAUGCUGAGCUACGCUCUCCUUAUGUUAUGAUUGAGCAUCCAAAAUGUACGGUGCUGCUCUUUUGACGCAAACGUACGCGCAGGACAAGGUAAAAUAAUAUGCUCAUAUGAAUCGAAGGGGCUAUUCAGGCUUCCAUCAUAUACAAUCGCCUUCUAAUUAGAGAGUCGUCGUAAUCAGCACCUCUCAUAUGAGGGCAAGCAAGAAUAUCCAGGUUAAACUCUUACUUCUUUGAGGGGUCGAUGUCUCAGUUUGUACCAUGACAUGCAAGCUAAACGAAGUCCCUGCACGGCUUAUGGGAUAAAGCUGUCUCCGUAGAUUAUCAUGUCAUGCUACGUCUAAAAUGUUAUGGCUCGAGUUGUUUGGGCAGUUCCCGAAUUGGUAUGACUUCGUAAACUCCAG